CUUUUGACAGAGCGUCGCCAUAUUGCUCUUAGCUUCGCUGGUAAGGGCUACGAGUGAAAAAAUUGUAGCUAACAUCCUUGCUCAAGUUGUUUCUCGAUUUAUGGUCACAAUGGCAAGCCCUGGAAAAGAAAUCGAUCGGAUGAAGAGCUACAAGAACAAAGCUUUGAACCCACAGGAGAUGCGCAGGAGAAGGGAGGAGGAAGGGAUUCAGCUUCGCAAGCAAAAGAGAGAGGAACAGCUCUUCAAGAGAAGAAAUGUAAGCCUGCCACCAGGUGAUGAGGCCAUGCUAGAAUGCCCUAUUCAAGACCCUGAUGUCAGUUCAACUGUGCCACUCUCAGGUCAGGAGGGAGUCAUCACUCCAGACAUGAUUCAGAUGAUCUUCUCAGAGGACCCCGACCAACAGCUCGUAGCAACCCAAAAAUUCAGGAAAUUACUCUCCAAAGAGCCCAAUCCUCCCAUUGAUGAGGUGAUCCUCACACCUGGCGUUGUCAACAAGUUUGUAGAAUUUCUCAGAAGAGGUGACGACAGCAACCUGCAGUUUGAGGCUGCCUGGGCCCUGACCAACAUUGCCUCCGGGACUUUCCUCCACACCAAAGUAGUGAUUGAGACUGGGGCCGUGCCCAUCUUCAUCGAACUGCUCAACUCUGAGAACAAGGAUGUGCAGGAGCAGGCUGUGUGGGCUCUGGGAAACAUCGCCGGCGACAACGCAGAGUGUAGAGACUACGUCCUCGACUGUGGCAUCCUGCCUUCCCUACAACAGCUUCUCUCCAAGUCCAGUCGCCAGGGCACCAUCAGGAAUGCCGUGUGGGCGCUGUCCAACCUGUGCCGGGGGAAGAACCCUCCUCCAGACUUCGCCAAGGUUUCUCCAUCUUUGAGUGUGCUGUCCACUCUGUUGUUCGGGAGUGACCCGGACGUGCUGGCUGAUGCCUGCUGGGCUCUCUCUUACCUCUCCGACGGGCCCAAUGAAAAGAUCCAGGCCGUCAUCGACUCGGGAGUUUGCCGCCGCCUAGUGGAACUGCUUAUGCACUAUGACUACAAGGUAGUGUCCCCAGCGCUGAGAGCAGUGGGGAACAUUGUGACGGGAGACGAUAUUCAGACACAGGUGAUUCUAAACUGCUCAGCUCUGCCUUGUCUACUACACCUUCUUAGCAGUCCCAAAGAAUCAAUCAAAAAAGAGGCGUGUUGGACGGUCUCUAACAUCACAGCUGGAAACAGACGACAGAUCCAGACGGUGAUCGACGCCAACAUCUUCCCCGUCCUGAUCGAGAUCCUGCAAAAGGCCGAGUUCCGCACUAGGAAAGAGGCUGCCUGGGCCAUAACCAACGCCACCUCUGGAGGCACUCCUGAGCAGAUGAGGUACCUGGUGUCUCUGGGCACCAUCAAGCCCAUGUGUGACCUCCUGACAGUAAUGGACUCUAAGAUUGUGCAGGUGUCCCUCAACGGCUUGGAGAACAUCCUGAGACUGGGAGAGCAGGAGGCCAAGCAGAACGGCACCGGAAUUAACCCCUACUGCGCCCUCAUAGAGGAGGCAUAUGGCUUGGACAAGAUUGAGUUCCUGCAAAGCCACGAGAACCAGGAGAUCUACCAGAAGGCCUUUGACCUCAUCGAGCACUACUUUGGUGUGGAUGAGGAGGAUGCCAGUAUCGCCCCGCAGGUAGACCAGAACCAGGGCCAGUACAUCUUCCAACAGCAGGAGGGGCCCAUGGAGGGCUUUCAGCUUUAACACCCCACCCCCCCAUAAGCCCCAGAGAGCUCAUCUCUACAUCCCCCACCCCACCCUGACUCUCUCUCUGAGUGCGUCCCCCAGCCCAGCCCAGCCCCCCUUCCCACCAUGCCAGUGUCAACUCCCUGAUGACCUCAUCUUCCCAAAGCUACAGCUCCCCUACAUU